AUGGCUUGGAAUCCUGUAUCAGCAAGUCGACUUCCGGCAGACGAUCCUUAUUGCAAUAAAGGUCUGGGCAAUCUUCCGGUCGAAUCUGGAGCCUCACAGCUAGACGGUCGUUAUAAGACCCACAGAUCUGGCUAUGCAAAGGGAUAUGCCCGCAAUACGGCCGCAGGUGGCUACGACCCUCAGACUCAAUACGCCAAAAGACCUGGUUAUGUGACAAGGCACUUCCUCAAUACGGCUACAGGUGGAUUGGGACCUGAAGCUCAUCCAGCACUUUGUUCCGGGCAGCUUCCCCAAACACCUAGCCGUACCCAUAGUUCACAGGAGAUGACAAUCGCAUCUUCAGUUGGCCACAUCCCCUCCUUACCCGGCAACCCGCAGCAUCAGCCCGUGUUGCCAACUGCAGGUGGCGACCUCGCACACACGCCUACCAACCAACAGGAAUCCAACCUUGCCAAUUCGCCAAGUCCAAGAGGACAAAUCAGCGCUUCGCAACCGAAGUCGGUAAAACACCUUACCUGCUGGUACUGGGCAAAUAAGGGCUGCAGACUGCCUGAUCACGUUUGCCUCUACUCCCACUUUGAUACGGGAAGACUUGCAGAGCCACCAGUGCAGAUUCAGCGAGGUCGUCCAGCAGUAGCCGGCAAGAACGCGACAAAUCCUCGGCCGGUUUACAAAGAUUGGAAAGGUCACCAUCGAUCGCAAUCAGCUGCUGUCGUCGGUCCUCAAAUUCAGAAACAAAUCGAACACAUCUAUGCCAAGGCCGGACAUCCUUCAAACCCCACAACUGUCAUACCCAAGCAAUCAGAAACCGCGAAUAUGGUCAAGGAGGAGUUGUUCGGCUCUGCUCAGCCUAUUGUUAACUACAAUCGCGCUCACCCCGACGAUUCCACGUCUCCCGCUCCUGCUGAUUCUUACCGUAACAUGUCCAUCGGCAUCGGGGCUUCCAACCAGCCCGUCCAGGAGCACUUUAUCCGCUCUCCUCCCCAGAUGGGUGGAAACUUCGUGGCUCCUAGCCACGCUGCUCAGUAUCCCAGUGGCUCGAUUCGCUAUGACACGGCCAGUAGCUACGGCCCUGGUGGUAAUUACGGCGGCAUGGGUGUCAACUAUGGCGGCACGGGUGGCAACUACGGCGGUAUGGAUGGCAACUACGGCAUGGGUGGCAAUGGACCUGACCCUCACCAUUUCGGCGUUAACGGUUCCAAUAAUCCCAACACUUCUAUGCCUUCUGGCCAGUAUGGUGGCCGCUCAGGCGGCUCUACUCAGGAGAUGCAGAAGCAGAUGAAGGUUAAGGACAAAGUGAUCACUGAGCUCGCCGGCAUUGUCGAGAUGCUGGAAAUCAAUUACGGGAUUUCCAUCGACGACCAGACCACUACGUUCCAAAAGUUCAUGGACAUUGCCCGCUCUAUGGAAGAAGAGGCGCGUGAGGCAGGGAACGUCGCAUCUUCCAGCGAGACCAAGGGGCGCGCAUCUAAUGUUCCAGCUCCCAGCGCCUCGAUUCCUUCAUACGGCCACCCCCCCAGCAAUCACGAACGCAUCAUGACUGCGAUGGAGGGCUAUAUCAAUUUGGUCCAAAUGGAGAAGAUGGUCUUGGCCAAGUCUAAGGCUCGCAAGCAGGUGGUUGAUGGGGAUUUGGAGAGUAUCAAGGCUGCGAAGCUGUUGCCUCGUAGGUGGAUGGAGCGUUAG